AUGUCCGCAGCACGGGGCAGGCUCAGUGUCCAAGGGGUCGAUGUCGAGAUUCUUGCCCAUUCGUCCCUUAAAUCGGCAGCUUUAGUGACCGACGAAGCCCCGACGCCUGGUUCGGAGGCAGCAUCUGUGAGGCGGAGACCACGGGUAGGCAGAACGGUUCCCCUGGGGAAGAACCGCCGGCUUGCCUCACCGUCCGGCCUUAAAACAAGUAGAAAUCAUUCAGAAUUGGUGUUUUCGGCGUGUAGAAAUGGGCGGGAGCGGCUAUUUCGCUCGGCGCGGCGGCUCCUCGCGCUCUUUCCCCUCACGAGCGGCGGGGGGGGCGGCUCGCGCGCGGGCAAGCGGAAGAAGAAGAAGGCGAAGGAGAAGGGUCAGAUCCUGGAGCAGAUCGUGAGCAGCAAGAAGCAGGAGGAGGAGAAGAAGCGCGGCCUGGACAAGCGGACGCCGGCGCAGGUGGCCUACGAGAAGAUGCAGGAGAAGCGGCAAAUGGAGAGGAUCCUGAAGAAAGCCUCCAAGACGCACAAGCAGAGAGUGGAGGACUUCAACAGACACUUGGACACCCUGACAGAGCAUUACGACAUUCCUAAAGUCAGCUGGACUAAGUGAAGGGGC